CAACAACUACUAAGCAUAAGUUCACGUAGAGAUCGAUCCAUGGGGUUGUUUCGCCACCUUCUUCUUGCAUCCAUCUGCUGCACCAUUAUUUUCACUGCAGUAGAAUCCACAGACGCUUUGGGUUCUUACUGCAACUCAGACAAAAGCCCAACAAACUCCCCAACACCAGCAACCAUCCUAAAGCUGAUAGCUAACGUGGUGGCCGCCGCCGCGUCGCGAGCUGGCUUCGCCACCGCCUCCUACGGCGGUCCGGGAACCAAAGCCUACGGCCUAGCUCAAUGCAGAGGUGACGUCAGCGCCAAAGACUGCUCAUCCUGCCUCCAAGACGCCGGCAAGGAGAUCCGGAACCGGUGCACCGAUGCCGACGGGCGCGAGGCUAGGAUUUGGUACGAUUUUUGCUUCCUCCGGUACAGCGCCGACGUCUUCUUCGGAACAGUCGACACAGGUUAUACCGUUUUGUACGCUAACGUCGGACAAGUGUCGGACCCCGAGGGGUUCAGCCGGAAGCUGAGGAAUCUGGUGAGUGAGAUUAGUAAACAGGCCAUCUCGCCGGAGAAUCAAGGGCUGGGGAAAGGGAAGAGGAAGAUCUCGGCUUUUCUGACGUUGUACGCACUGGUGCAGUGCUCUAGGGACCUGGCUCCGGUGGACUGUGCUCAGUGCAUCGCCAUUGCCGUCGGCGACAAUUUCCAAAGCUUCUGUAAAGACAGUAAGGGGUGUCGGGUUAUAAAUGCCAGUUGCUAUGUCCGAUAUGAGCUUUAUCCCUUUUACUUUCCAAUCGAUUCGCCGGUAAACUCCACCGUCGUCGCCGCCGCGUCUGACGCAAGGAACUACCGGUCAACCGUAGUUUACAAGUACAAACCUUGAUGGUAUCUUACUAUCUGGUCAUGCA